GUCAUUCUUUUUAGUAUGUCCCUCCCCUCCGCCUUCCCUCGUCUGCAGCCUCCAGAACACUUGUCUUUAUUUGGAGCUCCCGGAAGCCCCAGCCACCUCUGUCGUUCAUGACUGACACACGGAGGGACUGAGCUGCAGCCUGUGUUUAUGUGUAUUCGCCUCCAUCCCCGCUGCUACAUCUGUCGUAUAACGGCUCCAUUGAUAAUACUGGGUUUUCAUCGGAUCUGUUCCACCCCAUCCUCAGAAAGCAGGUGUUCAAGAUGGCAGAGGUGCAUGGAUUAAUGGACAGGUUGGACAAAGCUGUGGUUCGACUUGAAGAACUCUUAUCAACGUCUUGCUUUUCAAAGUCAACGGGGAAUGAUGUUGUCAAUGGAAUAAAUGGAGGGGUUGCUCCAUAUGUUGAAGCGUUUGAUGCCCUGCUGGCUGGGUCAUUGGAACAGUAUGUGCAAAACAGCAAGAUUCUCGGUGGGGAUGUGCAAACUCAUGCUAUGCUAGUGGAAAAUGCAUUUAAAGCUGAAAGACUAUUUUUGGUUUAUGCUUCCCAGCACCAGCAGCCCCCAGAGGCUGCACUGGAAUCGCUCCUGAAACCCAUAUCAGAAAAGAUUCUAGAAAUACAAACAUUCCGAGAGAAAAACCGAGGAAGUGAAAUGUUCAACCACCUUUCAGCAAUAAGUGAAAGUAUUCCAGCACUUGGCUGGAUUGCAGUGACACCUGCUCCAGGUCCCUUUGUGAAGGAGAUGGCUGACGCUGCUGCGUUUUACACUAACAGAGUACUGAAGGACUACAAAAAUAGUGAUGUGCGUCAUGUUGACUGGGUAAAGUCAUACCUAAGUAUUUGGAAUGAUCUUCAAGCAUACAUUAAAGAGUAUCAUACUACAGGAACUUCAUGGAGUAGUUUGCUUACAAAAGAUGCCCCUCAGGAAAAGGAUUCCACAUCCGCACCAAGUCAUCCUCCACCACCUCCUCCACCUCCAGGACCUCCUCCCAGUAUUGAUAUGUUUAAUAGUAAAUCCAGAGAUGAUGUUUCUCAAGACCGAUCUGCAUUGUUUGCCCAGCUAAACCAAGGAGAAGUUAUUACAAAAGGGCUUAAACAUGUUUCCGAUGAUCAGAAGACUCAUAAGAACCCUAAACUACGUGGGCAAGCAGCACCAGUUCGGUCACCUACCAAAAGUCAAGCUUCAGACUCCAGCUCUAGAAAAUCUAAUCCACAGCAGUCGCACCCCCCUCUUCUAGAGCUGGAAGGAAAGAAAUGGAGAGUGGAGUUUCAGGAAGGAGUCAAUAAUUUAGUGAUUUCUGACACUGAGCUGAAACAAGUGGCUUACAUUUACAAGUGCAAGAAAAGCACCCUGCAAAUUAAAGGGAAAAUAAAUUCCAUAAUAAUAGACAACUGCACAAAACUUGGCCUGGUGUUUGACAAUGUUGUGGGUAUCGUGGAAGUUAUUAAUUCUAAAGAUGUUCAGAUACAGGUCAUAGGCAAAGUGCCAACCAUUUCCAUUAACAAGACAGAUGGCUGCCAUGUUUACCUGAGUGAAAGCUCAAUAGAUUGUGAGAUCGUAAGUGCCAAAUCAUCAGAGAUGAAUAUCCUCGUCCCACACAAUGGGGAUUAUAAAGAAUUUCCUGUUCCUGAACAGUUCAAGACAUCAUGGGAUGGCUCCAAGCUGGUCACUGAACCCGCAGAAAUGAUGGGCUAAUCUAAUACUGCAAUUGUGUCCAUGCUUCAGCCUCACCAGACAGAGACCGCUGACUGCGCUUGUGACACGUUACACGUACCCAUGGAGUAUGUGGGACAAAAAUGGCCUAAAAGUAUUCUAGUGGGCAUUUAUUUUGGCAUUGUAUUCUCAAACACACAAUUGUAACAAUAUAAUACUAAUAUUACACAUUACUGUAAGUUAGUCACAGGAGUGCUCAAUCCAUGAGGCAAAGUGAGGAAUUUCCCUCAUGCAGCAGCCUUCCCUAACUGAAGGGGGCAGCACUUUGGUAGAUAUACAAACCAUCACUGCACUGUACCCAUUUUAUUCCAGAGGAGGAUCUCACAGGAAUCGUGACAGCCCCAUCUUCAUAGCUGAAUUCCCCAAUAAUAACCUACAUAUCAUUAAAGUGAUUUAAAGGGGUUAUCCAGGAAAAAAACUUUUAUUUAUAUAUAUAUAU